AGAUAAAAGGCGUACCAGAAAUGAAAAAAGAAUUAAAAUAUUUCCACAAAGCUUUACCGGCGCAUAAAUGCAAUCGUUCUGCGUGUAAAUUAUGAAUUAUGUGAAACAUAAGUAGCAACUGCUUAUGCAGCAUAAUUCGUUCGAAACUCUGACAGCUGAGCUUUACUCCCGGUCGACAUUUGGCAAAUGGGUUAAUCAAGAAAACCACAGUGCGCACUUCCGUUUAGAGGAAGCGAGCUUACCGAUGUUGCGAGGGAAAUGGACCUCUUCGAAGAUUUGCCUGAACCUGCAAGCGGAGGUUUACAAGAUGUAAAUGUGGAGCCCAGUGAAGUUGCUUUCUUCAAUAACACAAGCCAUGCUGGGGUUGGAUUAUUUGAUGAUUUGCCAUCGUCAAAUAUUCCAGGCGAAGAAAGGAAGAAGGGCGAGAAACGGAAGAGCACAGAGGAGGACAGUCAUCAGAAGAAUGUGCGCUUAAAAUCAUGUGCCAAGUACAGCCUGAAGAGUUUUGUGGCCGACAGGAAAGGGGAGAGGGAAGAGAUGCAGGAUGCUCACUUCAUGCUGCACAACUAUCACCAGGAGAUCCCUGACCUCCACCCUUCCAUCUAUCGCUUGUCUCUCUUUGGGGUCUUCGAUGGACACGGGGGCAGCAGAGCUUCCAGGUUGGCAUGCCAGGUUUUCCCACGAAAUCUGCGGGAUAGGUUUCCGAAGGGAGACGUGUCCCAGGUGGAGAGAGACAUAAAGAAAUGUUUUAUCGAGGCAUUUAAGAAAACUGAUGAAGAUUUCCUCAAACAAGCUACAAAAAAUAAACCCACUUGGAAGGAUGGCACCACAGCUAUUCUUGUGCUUGUCAUCAAUGAAACACUGUUUAUUGCAAACCUUGGAGAUAGCAAGUCCAUCUUGUGUCGCUACAAGGAAGACCAAGGAAAGUGUGUUGCCGUGCCCUUGUCGACAGAUCAUAGUCCCGGUGUGUACGAGGAGAGGAUGAGAAUACAGAAAUCUGGCGGACAUGUCAGAGAGGGUCGAGUGAUGGGGCAGCUGGAGGUAUCCCGGUCUAUCGGGGACGGGCCUUACAAGAAUCAUGGCGUCAUCUGUCUUCCUGAUGUCAAGCGCUGCCAACUUACCGAUCAAGAUCGGUUCCUGCUUCUAGCCUGUGAUGGUCUGUGGAAGAGCUUCAGUUUACAGGAGAGUGUAGACCUCGUCAACAGCAUUGUCAACUCACAGCCGAGAGGAGAAGACAAGAAGGCCUCGGCAGACACCAUGUAUGAAGCAGCAUGUAACAAGCUCGCCAAUGAUGCUGUUCUAAGAUUCAGUGGUGACAAUGUCACAGUUGCCAUAGUUACCAUCACAAGAUCACAACCUGCUGGUUCGUGAUGUCUUUCAAAAAAAGCAUAAAAACAGUUAUUGACUAAUAUAUGGCAAAGUGAAUCUGCUAACCUUGCAUGUCAAGCUCGGCCAUACAUGUAUGUUACCAUGGUAACUAACCAUAUCUUUCCUGUUACUGUAAAGGUGCUACGUUGUCGUAUCUGCCAGGCUGCACCAGUCGGACAAUAACAAAAGUUUAAGAAGAGAAUACAACAGCAUUGCCUCCUCAUGCUUGUGGAUGACGUUUAUCAUGCUUUGUCAAUGAAAAGACAUGCCAUGUUGCAUCAUGUUAUGAUGUCGGUUACACCAUACAAUGGUCAAUAACUGACAGACAAGUUAGCUGUGUUUCAUCUACAGUUUACUUUCUGUGCCAUGUAGGAUUGAUACCAAAAUUAGGAACUGAGCAAUUACAAAAGUGGAGUUUAGGUGAAAUCAAAAUGAAGCGGAAAUGGAUGUUGUUAAUUAUAAAAUGAUAUUGCAACAUAACAUGUGAGUGACAUGUUGUAUGAACCAUGUGUUAACUCUGAAUGUAGUUAUAUAUUUAGCCAGGUGAUCACUGAAAGAAUUUGUUUAUUCAGCAUCAAGAGUGACUUACAGCAUUGUUUGAAACAAAUAAAUUGAAUUUUGGAUUGGUAAGAUGUAUCAAAAUAACAGCUUUGUUCAAAAGGAACUGAUAAUUUACAAGACGGAUUGGGAUUAGUGACGAAAAAAUGGCAGUGAUAGCAGAAGUCACAAAAAUGACACAUCUAUAUUUAAAAAAAAACAAAACUUAUCGGCGGAAGCAAAUUAAUAUUUUGUACUGUAAAUAUUAUUUUGGUUGAAAAUUCAUGAAAAUGUGUUUUGUAAAAUAAAAUCUAAACAUUAUUUAGGGGCUGGAUAUUUAUUGGGGAACUCUGUGAAAAAUAAUGUUACACAUGUUUGGAGUGUCAUUAAAAAAGUUUCAUCAAAUGG